GAAAAACACACACACACUCUCUCACUCGCUCUCAGUGCUGGGUUGUGUUUGCUCUGUUCUGCAGACUCUCCAUGCUGCUGCAGACUGCAGUGAAGUACAAUGGAUCGUCUUCUUCCAUCUCUUUUGCACUGGAUGGCAGUCCUGACUCUUGUGGCCUCAGCAGCUGUGGAAAGUGUAGCCGAUGAGGGAGACUACAGUUGGGCCAGGAUGAAGGUGCCGUUGGUUGUGGACAGACAGACGGUUCAGCUGCAAAACCCCAGGUUCAGCAAUCCCAGAGAUCCAGGCACAGUGUGUGGGAUCGAGUGCCAGAGGAACCUUCCAGAACCAGGACCUGCUGAGCUGGAGCAACUCCUGUCCUAUGAGACGUUCUUUGAGAACGGGACACGUACACUGACCAAAGUGGUGCUAGAGGGUCUUCAUAAUGUGAGGAACAUUUCAUUCCCUCCUCCUGCCUCUCCAGCAGGCCUCAAACGAAAGAGACGUCAGGUUUACGGCUUGGACGGCCGCUUCGUGAUCACAGACAAGCACUACAUCACCAGCUACCCAUUUUCUGCUUCAGUGAAGCUUUCCACGGGAUGCUCAGGGAUUCUAGUGUCUCCCAGACAUGUGCUGACAGCCGCCCACUGUGUCCAUGAUGGGAAAGACUACCUGAAAGGAAGCAGAAGACUGCGAGUGGGCGUAAUGAAGUUACGAUCCAAACGAGGUAGAGGGAGAGGCGGCAAGAAGGGCAAACAGCAGGAAAUGAGACCUGAGGUACAAGAUGAUGCUGAAUCAACAAAAGAGAAAAGAGAGCGGAAGAAGGGGAGGAAAAGGAAGAAUCGUAUAAGGCGAAGUGCUGUGACUGGACAGUCCAUGUUUGGUGGGGAACAGCAGGAGUCCAAGCAGCCAGGUUUCCGCUGGACACGGGUCAAGCAGACAUACAUUCCCAAAGGUUGGAUGGGUGAAGUGGGCAAUAAAUUGGCUCUGGACUAUGACUAUGCCUUGCUGAAGCUGAAGCGAUCUGUCCGAACGAAGCACAUGGACUUGGGUGUGGUUCCGCUGAUCAAGCGGAUUCCAGCCGCAAGGAUACACUUUUCCGGCUUUGACAAUGACCACCCAGGGAAAGUGGUGUACCGUUUCUGCUCCGUUUCUGAUGAAUCCAAAGAUCUGAUGUAUCAAUACUGCGAUGCCCAGCAAGGAUCAAGCGGAGCAGGAGUCUACGUGAGGCUCGGUGAGCCAUCCAGGAGUACGAAGGGUACGAGGAAGUGGAGGAGGAAGGUUAUUGGUGUGUUCUCAGGGCACAGGUGGGUGGACGUGAAUGGAACGCAGAAUGACUACAAUGUGGCGGUCAGAAUCACGCCAGCAAAGUUUGCACAGAUAUGCCACUGGAUUCACGGAGACUCCAGCCAGUGCAAGCUAGCCUGACCUGGUCUUGAGCGGACGUCCUCUGUAGCUGAGCUUUGCUAUCCAGUCCCCUAAACAUUUCCCAAGGAUCGGUUUAAGAAGCGGGUUGACACUUUGAGACAUUGAUUAGGUGACUAUCACUGAAUUUAGCUGACCUGCUUCCUGUCCUGAAAACCAGGAUGUCAAGAAGUUUCCAGAAUCUUGAACGGUUAUUUAUUGCCAUUAUUUUCACACAAAGUGGUGCUGGUAGGUCUUUCAGAAGUUAUGCCACUUAAAUGAACCCUAAAUGUCUGGACACCUGAACAUUGAACCAGUGGUCACCAACCCUCUUACCUAAUCCUGGUCCCACUGAUCUACCACCCUGCAGCUAACACACCAGAUCCAAGGUAAUGCAGGCCUUCAGGGGCAUCUGCACAUGAGAUCCAGGUGUGUUGGAUCUGAACUCUACAGGGUGGUAUAUUUCCAGAGCCAAGAUUGCGCAACCAAGCAUUAAUGGCUCUGAUCCAGGCAAUCAGGCACUACUGAAGAUGUUAAUUAGCUGGAGCAGGUGAGGCAUAGUAGUUGGAACUUUGCAGGAAAGUAGACCUCCAGGACCAGGGUUGGUCACCACCGCCUGCCCUGUUCAGGACUUUCAGCUGACCUUGGCAGAGUUGGAGUCAAAUAUGUUGGUAUAGUUCACACUUAACUCAAGGAUAGUCACAAUUGAAUUACUGUAUAGAGGGUUAGCGUGAGUUCAAAGCCAGUAAAACCCAAAUGCACAUGGUUUUAACUUCAUCCUAGCCCAUGGCCACAAUAAAGGUAUAGGACAACCAUAUGGCAAUACGGAUACUUAAGGGCAGGGUCAGGUACUAGAGUGAGUUAUGAAAAGGGCUCAAUCCCAAAUAGAACCCUACUCCCUAUAUAGUGCACUGUAUAGGUCAGGGGUCACAACCCAAAUGUUAGAGCCAUUUUGGCCUUCCAACAAAAACGAACCAUCUUGAGAGCCACAUUUUGUCCAUUUAACCAUCUUCACUGUAAAUACGUCUCAGUGUGUGCUGAUGUAGAAUUAUAGGGUAAAAAAACAAUAUAAACAAAAAUGCACGCACUUUGCUUUGAGCUUUAGCCCAGCUAUUGCUUUUUUUCUCGCAUCUCCAGCAGGAAACUUUUCCGCAAAAGUGGAAUAUUUUCUUGUAAAAUGUCCCAGCGAUCGAUUUUUUUUAAAGGAGGCUAAAGUCGCUUUUCAUUCACCACCUUCUUGCCUGUAUUUUCCCGUUCAACCUCAAAUGGUGUCUAAAGCGCCAGACUGUAACUGUUGCACCAUUUCAGGUGGAAUGGGAAAAUUCAGCAGAAUUAGUCAGGGAGUUGUGCAGCUUUUGCUGAAUUCAAAAUGGAAAAGUAACCCACUGUUUAGAUGUGGAAGUGUUUUUUUUUUCCCUACAUAGUGCACUUAUGUAGGGUGCAGGGAGAUUCAGCCUAGAUUUCGGGAGCUUUUUUUUGAUGAAAUGGUGCUCAAGUGUUUUUCACUGCCUGAAAAUGUGCUCUACUCUUAAAAAGGUGCUGUUGUAUAUAUUUAUUGCGUUAUAAUGAAUGUUGACUCCACCCCCGUCCUAAUAAAAUUAUUCUAUUGUUCUUUUCUUUCA